AACGUAACAAAAUGUGGACAAAGUCAAGGGGUCUGAAUACUUUCAGAAUGCACUGUAUAUACUGUACAUUACACAUUGGCCAUGCAAAAGAAACAAAAAACACUUCAGUCUAUAGAAGAAAGUGUAACAUGGUAUGCAUGAACUCUCCCAUUACUCCCUUCUUGCCUCACACAUUCAGGCACCAGACACACACACACACACACAAACACACACACACCUUGAAUUGUUGCUCAGUCACACUUGCUUUUGGUUUAUUGCACAACUGGCUUUGAUCUUUAAAGUGCCAUGCAUUGCAUUAAUUAUGUAUCUCGCCUCCGUACAAAUGUGGUGAACACCUUCAAUACUCAAUGAGAUGAGGAGCCCUCUCCACACAGGCCUAGAGGAUGGCUUCAGGACUUCAUACAGAUACAAUGUUCCUUUCCUAUAUUGGGCAGGAGGAACUUGAAGGGGGGGAAACAGAGUGCUGCUCUGCUAUAGUAUUCUGCUGCCAAAACUGCCUCCAACAAUUCUCUGGGUGAAAUGUAAUCUCAAGUGAAAAUGUAUUUUUCACUCUUGUGAAAUGUAUAUAAAUACAUGGUUAUUCCACGUGUGCAGCAUAUGUGGUGAGGGAUAGGACGUGGUCAUUCCCAAAACAGCAGAGCUGGGGAACAAUGACGAACAAAUUACCUACUUCUCUGUGCUCUAAUGCAAUGGGAGUUAUGUAAAUCAUGCUGCUGUAUAGGUAGCUCCGGGCCUGUGCAAGUGUGCCUCAACUUUUAUGCAUCUGCAAUAAAUACAUAGAUUUUUAUAUGCCAUGCGGAUGGCUCAUGAACACUGUUGAUGCCAGUGGAUGUGGAAAGACAGUCAGAGUAGGUUGUGGGAAAAUAACACUUACUGUAACCCCAUUUCACCAUUUCUUCAAGCCCUGUCAUUCUAUGUAUUACUUCAUCUUUAGUUAUAGUUGCUCCCUUUGAGAGUCAUUAUACUUAAAAUAUGACAAAUGUACUCAUUUUCAAUAGGCCUAUUAUGGAUGUUUAUGGCCGUGCCACUGCCUUGAUUUGACUGGAUUAUAGCCUACAAUAGGUGUAUGCAAGGCAAAUGUGUGAAUCCACUUGAGGAAUGCUAGCUUCACCCCAUCUAUUAACAAGGCAAAUGUGUGAAUCCACUUGAUGAAUGCUAGCUUCAACCCAUCUAUUAACAAGGCAAAUGUGUGAAUCCACUUGAGGAAUGCUAGCUUCAACCCAUCUAUUAACAAGGCAAAUGUGUGAAUCCACUUGAUGAAUGCUAGCUUCAACCCAUCUAUUAACAAGGCAAAUGUGCGAAUCCACUUGAGGAAUGCUAGCUUCAACCCAUCUAUUAACAAGGCAAAUGUGUGAAUCCACUUGAGGAAUGCUAGCUUCAACCCAUCUAUUAACAAGGCAAAUGUGCGAAUCCACUUGAGGAAUGCUAGCUUCAACCCAUCUAUUAACAAGGCAAAUGUGUGAAUCCACUUGAGGAAUGCUAGCUUCAACCCAUCUAUUAACAAGGCAAAUGUGCGAAUCCACUUGAGGAAUGCUAGUUUCAACCCAUCUAUUAAGACACUACAGAAGGAGUAAGAAAAUUGCCACUUCAAUUACUCUCCCCUUGACUCAAUUCAAAGUUAUUUGAGAUGCCAAGUUGUGAGUAAAUACUAUCUUGGAGAGCUUGGUUUCAUACCGGCUAGCAAUUCUGUUUUUUAUGGACCGAUGCUAAACUGACAGCUAUAUGAGUUUAGGCCUGCUUAUUUAACACGUUUCACACGUUGGCUUCCAAAACUAAAAGUCCUACAAGGGACUCCUUUUACACUCCACCUUUCUCGUGUGUCGUUGCGGUUUGCUUGCGUUGGUGCGAGUCCCCCUCACGUGGGUCCCUAUUGCAGUGCGGAUCCAGUAGUUGGAGUUCUAAACCUAGCCCAAGAGAGGGAGCGCAAGGAGUGAGCUAACAGAACUAGAAACUAUAGGUGCAUUUUUACUCUAUCGAACAUCGCUUUUGAAAGACUGUCACUUUUACUGCCCUGGAGCCAUCUUUCCAGCCUUUUAGUAUAACGCCAUCGAUCCCCGCCUGAAAACUCACACACGGUCGUGUCAGCUGGCAUGAGCUAACCCACCAGACAUGGAAACCAAACCUUUCAUGUCAUUGGAAUCUACAAUCCUGCCUAUGGGAUGGUUCCUGAAGCCCCAGUGCUCGCUGGCUCCGCCCCCCCAGCGAGGACGCUCGGGGGAGGCCUGCUCCUGUUUCACCGGCAUGUGUCACCUCCACCACCCCCGGAUAUCUACAGGUAACACUCAACGCCAUCUCCACAUCCCCUCGCCAUCUUCCCCGUCAUGGCAGACUCCGCACCUGGGAAGACACCUGUAUCAAAUAAAUUCAUCAGGUCAGGUGACCUCAUCUCCACUGAGCUCUCCCACGUCCCACCGGGGCAUGCACCCAUCCCUGCUCAACCCGUCCUCCAUGGGGCCCUCAGGCUCCUUGCACUCUCCGAUCAGCACCCUGAGUUCUCCCAUGAAUGGCCUGGGCUCGCCCUUUUCUGUCAUCAACUCCCCCAUGGGCCCACACUCCAUGUCCUCACCCGGCAUGGGCUACGGUCCCAGUGUCAGCCCCCAGCUGAACUCCCAAAUGAACUCGGUCAGCAGCUCGGAGGACAUCAAGCCCCCGCUGGGUCUCAACGGGGUGAUGAAGGUGUCCGCCCAGCCCUCGCCGGGGUGCAUGCCUCUCUCCCUCACCAAACACAUCUGUGCCAUCUGCGGAGACCGCUCCUCAGGUAAACAUUAUGGAGUGUACAGCUGUGAGGGCUGUAAAGGCUUCUUCAAGAGGACAGUGAGGAAGGACCUGACCUACACCUGCCGCGACAACAAGGACUGUCUGAUCGACAAGCGCCAGCGCAACCGCUGCCAGUACUGUCGCUACCAGAAGUGUCUGGCCUGUGGAAUGAAGAGAGAAGUUUUGUUACACACAGCCGUCCAGGAGGAGCGCCAGCGGGCCAAAGAGCGCAGUGAGAACGAGGUGGAGUCCACCAGCAGCGUCAACGAGGACAUGCCCGUGGAGAAGAUCCUGGAGGCAGAGCUCGCUGUGGAACCCAAGACAGAGACCUACAUCGAGACCAACCUGGGCAUGCCAUCCAACUCGCCCAAUGACCCGGUGACUAACAUCUGCCAAGCAGCCGACAAGCAGCUCUUUACACUGGUGGAGUGGGCCAAGAGGAUCCCCCACUUCUCUGAGCUGCCCCUGGACGACCAGGUCAUCCUCCUACGAGCAGGGUGGAAUGAGCUACUCAUCGCAUCCUUCUCACACCGUUCGAUAGCGGUGAAAGAUGGGAUCCUCCUAGCAACAGGGCUACACGUCCAUCGUAACAGCGCCCACAGUGCUGGAGUGGGAGCCAUCUUUGACAGAGUGCUCACAGAACUGGUGUCCAAGAUGAGAGACAUGCAGAUGGAUAAGACAGAGCUGGGGUGCCUUCGAGCCAUCGUCCUCUUCAACCCAGAUUCUAAAGGCUUGUCAAACCCAGGCGAGGUGGAGGCUUUGCGAGAGAAGGUCUACGCCUCUCUGGAGGCCUACUGCAAACAGAAAUACCCAGAUCAGCCUGGCAGGUUUGCCAAGCUGUUGCUGCGGUUACCAGCCCUGCGUUCCAUUGGUCUGAAGUGUCUGGAGCACCUGUUCUUUUUCAAGCUCAUCGGGGACACGCCCAUCGACACCUUCCUCAUGGAGAUGCUAGAGGCGCCCCAUCAAAUGACAUAACUGCAGGCGGGGCGUCGCCCAUGUUCCCCUCGCCCCCUCCGCCUCUAACCCCUCUGGAUACGGAGGGUGGUCCUGCAAACCACUCCCCCUCGAGAGAUUAUGUGACAUCAUUGGAUCUAGAGAAGUCCCCCCUCUUUGAUGUGUUUCAAAAAAACAAGUUCAAUGUCCAUGGGUCUGUUUUAUACACUGUACAAAUAUAUAUAUAUAUAUAUAUAUAUAUAUAUAUAUAUAUAUAUAUAUAUAUAUAUAUAUAUAUAUAUAUAUAUAUAUAUAUAUAUAUAUAUAUAUAUAUAUAUAUAUAUAUAUAUAUAUAUAUAUUAUAACUCAUGAGAUUAAUUGAAAGACAACAAUGGACUGGUGAUGAAACGGACCGAGGGGAAAGGAAGUGUUUUAAGCCAUUGUUUUGUAACGUGAAACAACAACCAAGAAGAUCAGGUGUUAAAGGUAGGUCUGUUUGCAGGUGUAUUUUGAAUUGUGGCGGUUUCAUCAGCAGCGUAGGUGUUGGGAGAAUCGUGUUUUGGACUUGUUGAAGAGAGCCGGGGCUGCAUGGGCUGUCCCUGGCUCUGUUCGGGAAGCAUCUCACUUUCAUGACUAACUUAAGGGAGAUUGGUCCGUUUGCAGGGGGGAGGAACGAGGCCCGGUCUUGUCCGGUCCAAUUCGUUCAGGUGCUGUCCGGUUUAAUCCGGUCAGGUCCGGUUGGGUCUGUUUUGAGGUGUACUGUAUGUGUUUUGGGAGAGAAGGACCCAAGAGGUGGGACCAUGCAGAUGAACAGUGCUCCACUCAGGUCCCUCAACCCAAACUCAGCCGCUUCUCCACGUCUCCUUAUUCUAUUAGCACUGUGUGAACAUGAGAGGAGAGAUGCUACGCCGCUACAUCGGUCCAGUUUUCAGAGGCUCAGAUAGCUUUAGUGACUGAUUGGAGUGAAAGCCUGCAGUGUGGCCUCUUAGGACCAGAGCUGGAUGACCUUCAUGUGGCCUGAAAAAGCUUAUCUCUGGCACUACUCAUUCUGUUGUACUGUACUGACAUUAGGGGCAGUGUGUAUCUGGAUUCACCCUCACAUAAGCCCUAUACUACAUGUGCAUUGCUGUGUGCUCUGGAAGCUUGGCACAGGAAGACAAGGAAAGCAAACAGAUGAAAGUUCUCAUCGCUCUACUACAAGCAUUGUUCCUUUUUCCUGUCUGCGUUAAGGCGACAACAAAAUUAAUUUUUCCUGUCUGCGUUAAGGCGACAACAAAAUUAAUUUUUCCUGUCUGCGUUAAGGUGACAACAAAAUUAAUUUUUCCUGUAUGCGUUAAGGCGACAACAAAAUGAAUUUUUCCUGUCUGCGUUAAGGCGACAACAAAAUAAAUGUUUCCUGUCUGCGUUAAGGCGACAACAAAAUUAUUUUUUCCUGUCUGCGUUAAGGCGACAACAAAAUUAAUUUUUCCUGUCUGCGUUAAGGCGACAACAAAAUUAAUUUUUCCUGUCUGCGUUAAGGCGACAACAAAAUUAUUUUUUCCUGUCUGCGUUAAGGCGACAACAAAAGUAAGAAGAAAAGGACAAAUGGUUUGUAGGGAAAUGUCAACUGAUCUGAACUUUUUAAAGUGAUGGCACGACUUUGUCAUGUCAUGUGUCCCUCCACCUCUGAGACCAUUCGUUUCUGCUCCUUCUGUGAAUUACAACACACCACACAGCAACCAAGCAUGCUGUUCCUCACGGUGUAACCUAGCUUUAGAAUGGCCUUUGACCUGUACAGGAUAUUACAACAGUAUUGAUGGUAUUUGUAAAAAAAGAAGAAGAAAAAAAGAAAUUGGCAAAAUUUGCAAUUACCUCUGUUUUCAUUCCUCAAACUCUCAGUUCUCUACAUAACCCCCCCAUGUCAAACAGCCCCAUGUCAAACAGCCCCAUGUCAAACAGCCCCAUGUCAAACAGCCCCAUGUCAAACAGCCCCAUGUCAAACCCCCCCAUGUCAAACAGCCCCAUGUCAAACAGCCCCAUGUCAAACAGUUCAUGAGAGAAGUGCUUCAAUGCAGUCGUGUUUAUGGUGAGAUGUUCUCUUAUUUGGAUUGUGGAGCCCAUGCUCCUCCAUUGCAAACUCUGGCCCAGACCAUCCAAUCUGACUGGAGGAUGUAGGCCUGGUGAAGAAACAGAGACCCUUGACUGCUCCACUGCCCAGCCUCCCCUCACCCUCAGAGGAAUCCACACCCUGCACUUCUCUGGACAACCCAGUUUCAUUUAAGUCAAACUGAAAUGUUAAAUAUGUAACAUUAUGUAUAAAUCUGCUAUAUGCCCAUAUUGCGCAUUUUUUUCUUUCUAUGCUGCAGCUGCUGCAUAACUAUGCAUCAAGCAUUUUUCCAAAGAUUGUCCAUAGAUAGUGCGGUUUCGUUGUUAUUAUAAAGGGGUGGUUAAACCCUGUCCCGUAGGACAGCAGACUGCUUUGGAUUAACCAUCAACUCUAGCAGAGCUCCAGGACCAAGUUUAUCUGCCCCACAUGAUAGCAGAAUAGAGAGAGACAGAGAGACUUAAACAGAGGGGUUGACCAGUGAAAAUAGGGAACUUGGUGGUUGUAGGAGAGCUGUGACUUCCCCCUAGUGGAAGAGAUGCACAACUGCUACAUUACUUGAAUUUUGUACAAGUAUUUAAUCAGAAAAGGCACUUUUUCAUGACAUUAUCAAUAUUCAUUUUCCUCUUUGGUCAGACAAAACCUCAAUUGAAUACGUAGCAAUAACCACAGCAGGAUUGAUUGACAAGUCCUUAGUCCAAAUCAUGUAUUUUAGUGAGGUGGAUGAAUUUUCAUUAGGUCUUAUUUUAAACUAUUCAGGAAACAGAGAAAUUACUGCCGUGUUCAGGCCAAUUCUGUCUAAACAGUAUUUUUAUCUGGUCUAAAUGGUAAUUGUCAGUCAGGAAAAAACUACUGAAAAUGAAUUGGCUCAUUGUUCAAAUGAUUCCAACUUAAGCACUAGUAUGGGUAGUUCUCUGGAAUAUGAGGUCAAAUCAGACUGGCACCCCAACUAAAAGUUCAGAAAAAUAACCACAUUUUGAUGAUUCAUUUAUUUGCAAACGGUUAUCCAACUUUUUUAAAUGUACACCUAAUCUGCUCUCUUGCGUAUGAUGUCUCCUUUUCUGAGCUUGAUUGGGUUCAUGUGAUUUAAGACCCAGGUAUAUAUAUACUGUAUGUAAAAGCCAUACUCAGAUGUGCAAGCUCACUCCCUCCUGCAGGAAAUGGACUGAUAUGAUUACUUAGGUAGAAUAAAUAGCUUAGAAAAAUGCUUCAUAAACCAUAAAGCUCUAUUUUGUCUAUAUGUAUAUGUGUAUAUAUUUAUAAAUAUAAAUCCUUUCCGUACAUUUGUCCAGUCAAUUUUAGCAAGAGGGAGACAACUAUUUCAGCUGAAACUAUUCUGAGCCAGGACAGAUUCCAUCGUGUUAUACGCAGUAGUUUUUUGGUGUAAAAAAAAUGUAAUCUAAGUUCAACCUUGAUUCUCUAAAAGUCAACCAGCAGAAUACCAGCAGCUCAAAGCCCUAAGAGAAGGUCCCUUGCCAGCUAACAGCAGUUAUAUAUGGGACCUGAAAACAUAGCAAAAAACCUGGUUAAUACACUCAAAAUACACAAAAAGUCCUCCAAAAUGGACUGUUGCUAAGCUACACAUACAUUCAACAAUGUUAUCAGGAGAUGCUGAGCUCAUGACACAAUCACUGCUUUCUUUGUUCCAUAAACAGUAAGAAGUAAUGGGGGGAAAAAAAUAAAGAUAUAUUUUUGUAGAAACGUAAUUUCAUCCCUUGCUUAUGUACUCUGCCCCCCCUCCCUUUUCCUCAUGUGGGCUGUUCUAUACAUUGAGUUAAUGUUGAUUUGAAAUGGGGCAGAAAAAAAAUCAGACCAUGGAUGGUCAGGGUGGGGAGUGGUUGGCAAUGACACCCUGAUAACUGUCAUCUAUACUUUGUGGCUUUUUUGGCCUAUCGCUACAAGAUGGGAUUGUCCUCUUUUAGAUUGUUUAUUUUUAGGGAGAUGGAAAAUGGCAUCUGUUCUUUGUGGGUUGUUAUCGGAUGUUCUUUCAUGGAAAGAAAAAAAUAAAACAAAUCUGAAAUGAAA